CGGUUCGUCGUUUCCUUGCGGCUAGAGGAGAGGAGAGGAGGUGGUGUCGAGAGACUGGAAACGUUUCCCAUCCCGUGUAUAAUCCCGAUCAACUCCACUGUACAAUGAAAUUAACUUUCUUCAAGCCCGCCUCGGAACUCCACUAUUUUACUAUACUGCUGAUAAGCGGGAUGUACACUCCGGGCCGAGGGGAGAUCACCAGUCUCGAUUCAGGGAACAUUGACGAAAUUCUGAACAAUGCGGGAGUGGCUUUAGUCAACUUUUAUGCAGACUGGUGUCGGUUCAGUCAAAUGCUGCACCCUAUCUUCGAGGAAGCCUCAAAUGUGGUGAGGGAAGAAUAUCCAGACCGUUCGCAGGUGGUGUUUGCCCGUGUGGAUUGUGACCAACAUACUGACAUAGCCCAGCGCUACAGGAUCAGCAAGUACCCGACCCUGAAGCUCUUCAGAAAUGGCAUGAUGAUGAAGAGGGAGUACCGAGGUCAAAGGUCGGUGACGGCCAUCGCUGACUUUAUCAGGCAACAGAAAGUCGACCCGAUCACAGAAAUCCGCAGCCUUGAAGAGGUCAAUAAAGUAGAUAGGACUAAGCGAACCAUCAUCGGCUACUUGGAGCAGAAGAACUCGGAGAACUACCACACGUAUGAAAGAGUGGCCAAUAUCUUGAGAGACGACUGCGUCUUUCUGGCGGCAUUCGAUGAGGUGUCGAAACCCGAGAGGUUCAGUGGUGAUAACAUCAUCUACAAGCCAAUAGGAGAGAACGUUCCUGACAUGGUGUUUCUCGGCUCGCUCACAAACUUUGACCUGGCGUACGCGUGGGUCCAGGACAAGUGUGUGCCACUGGUCCGGGAAAUCACUUUCGAAAACGGAGAGGAGCUGACAGAAGAAGGCAUUCCAUUCCUGAUCCUCUUCCAUCUGAAGGAGGAUACAGGAAGUCUAGAACGGUUCCAGCAGGAAGUGGCACGGCAGCUGAUCACCGAGAAAGGCUCUAUAAAUUUCCUGCAUGCCGAUUGCGAUAAGUUUCGGCACCCUCUGCUACACAUCCAGAAGACUCCCGCCGACUGCCCCGUCAUCGCAAUAGACAGUUUCCGCCACAUGUACGUCUUCCCAGAAUUCAACGACCUCACGGUUCCUGGAAAACUGAGGCAGUUUGUGUUGGACCUCCACUCAGGAAAGCUGCAUCGAGAGUUCCACCAUGGACCCGACCCCACGGACAGCACUCCAGGACAGGAGGAGAACAAAGAGGUGGCCAGCAAUCCUCCAGAGAGCUCAUUCCAGAAGCUAGCACCCAGCGAGAACCGUUACACCAUCCUCAGGGAUCGGGACGAACUGUGACCUCGUCUCACAUCACCACCUAGCGCAGAACACCCGGCAGGCAGCCACCUGCGUCACCUCUAUUUUCAUAACUUUUAUUUUGGCUAAAAAGAAGAAAAUCUGAAGGUUUUUUUGGAGGAGUGGGGAAAAGAAGAUGAGAGAGAGAGCGUGUGAGAGAGAGAUUUUACUUUUAUUUUUUUGGAGCUUGUAAAUAUGUAUGUCCUCUGUAGGUGAGUCGUCUAAAUUAAAUAAGUGAUUUUUUUUUUUUUUUCAACCCUGUUUUUUUUUUUGUCUCCUUUUUUUGUAAGAAGAAAAAUAAGCAGAUAAACAUUAAUGGUUCUCCCCAGCAAGGAUCUACACACUCAAGGCCUGGGGAAUCAUGGGAAACGACUCUGGUCAACCCUGUGAUGUUCCUAAUUUCAGUCGAUAGUAAAUGCGUGUAAGAAUGAGAGUGUGUGUGUGUGUGAGAGAGAGAGAAAAAGAAGGAGAGUGAGUGCACAUCGGUACAUUAUUAGUGUGUAUUCUUACAUACUGUGGGAAUUCCAGACUUGUCAAAAAAAACAAAUCAAAUCCUUGCUUAUUAAAAUCUGGACUCAUAUCAGCCCAUUCCAUGAGGAGGAGUGGUAAGGGGUGGGGCUUAAUAAGGGGUGGGGUUUGAUGGGGUGUUAUAAUAAUGUCAGAGUGGGGAAUGGAAAGAAAACUAAUUAUAAAUUAAAGGGAAAACAUUUUACAGGAUUUAAGAGUGUCUGUGUGUUUUAUAUCAACUGCAAUCACAAAGUUCUGUGCAUUUUAUAUUUCCUUUUUUUUUUUUUUUUUACUAAAUAUUUCCAAAUUCAUCUUGGCUUGAGAUAACAGCACAGGAUGGCAUGAUUGCAAGAUUUCCUUUUGCACCCUAAUUAAUCUUGAAGAUCAAGGAGCACAUUUAACUGUGGCAGGAAGUUGACAUGGAAAGAGUGACUCACACUUGAGCAGCGCUUUGUGUGUACAUUGAGGAACAUUCUGAGACUUAUUUUGGUAAAACUCGCACUCGAAGCCCACUUUGAGGAAAGUGGAAGUGGCGAGAGGUGGGCGCUGAAGUUCAGUGACAUCAUCUCACCCACGGCAGAAACCCGUGCCGUCAGAGCAGUCGAUGUGAUGAUAUAAUGCGCAAGCACCAGACGCUCAGAUGGUCUCCUUUUCCAUUCGCAACGAUGGAAAGCGUGGGGUGUCUGGGACGCAGAGACACGAGUCGGGUCAGUGUUUUCACUGGGACUUUCCCCCCGCACUCCAGGCACUCGAACACGCCUGCAUAUCCAUCUGACACAGUUGCCCAUCUACACACAUAUUUCACACACACAUAGGGGAAGUCCUGUGUGUUUUGCGCGGAAGGCGUGGGGGAUAACGUGUAGCUCAAAUCAGGUCUGUGUCUCAAUGGGGCUUCCCCAAAUAUCCCAAAAAAAACAUGACCCCAAGUUGGGGUCAUUUCAUGUUUAACAUUUGCAAAAUGAUCAAGUGAAAUAAAAAGGAUCUCAUGCUGA